AUGAAGGAGACGAAGACUCCGAUUCACGUGGUGUGGUCAUGGGUAAGGAGGCAACCUCCGAAGGUGAAGGCUUUUCUCGCGGUGGUCACUGGCAUGGCGGCUUUGGUUCUGCUCAGAUUCAUUGUUCACGACCACGACAAUCUCUUCGUUGCCGCUGAAGCUGUCCAUUCCAUCGGGAUCUGUGUUCUCAUUUACAAACUCAUGAAGGAAAAGACCUGUGCCGGAUUGUCAUUGAAAUCUCAGGAGCUUACGGCGAUAUUUCUAGCUGUUAGGCUGUAUUGCAGCUUUGUAAUGGAAUAUGAUAUACACACUAUUCUGGAUUUGGCAACUUUGGGAACAACUCUCUGGGUUAUAUAUAUGAUCCGAUUUAAGUUAAGGGCUAGUUACAUGGAAGAUAAAGACAACUUUGCACUCUAUUAUGUGGUAAGUCAUGUGCUUUUGAUCCUCAAGUUACCACUCCUUGUGCCCUGUGCUGUGUUAGCUGUGUUGAUCCAUCCAUCGACCUCUCACAACAUAUUAAACAGGAUUUCGUGGGCAUUAUGUGUAUACCUUGAAGCUGUCUCAGUACUGCCUCAGCUGCGAGUGAUGCAGAACACAAAGAUUGUUGAACCGUUCACGGCGCAUUAUGUUUUUGCACUUGGAGUAGCAAGGUUCCUUAGCUGUGCCCACUGGGUUUUACAGGUUGUGGACACGCGGGGACGAUUACUUGUCGCAUUGGGUUACGGAUUGUGGCCAUCAAUGGUUCUCAUCUCCGAAAUUGUUCAAACUUUCAUCCUGGCUGAUUUCUGUUACUACUACGUCAAAAGCGUCUUCGGAGGGCAGCUUGUUCUCCGGCUACCGUCUGGAGUAGUAUAA